CAACGAGUGAAAUGCAAACAAUCGAUGCAUUCAUUCAUUGCCUGAACUCGCGAUCCAUUCAGUCAUUCAUUGUCUGCUCAAAGACUUGACAAACCAUUUGAAGACCAAAACAAUGGACUUCUUGGACGACGACAGCGACGAUGAGAGCGAGACAUACAAAUUGUUUGGCGGCAAAGAGGGUCUCGUCUUCUUAAUCGAC